AAGCAGACUAGCAAGGACAAAUACUUUGUCACCUUCCCAUAUCCAUACAUGAAUGGACGCCUUCAUUUGGGACACACGUUUUCCUUAUCCAAGUGUGAGUUUGCAGUUGGAUACCAGAGAUUAAAAGGAAAAAGUUGUCUGUUUCCCUUUGGGUUACACUGUACCGGUAUGCCUAUUAAGGCGUGUGCUGACAAGCUGAAAAGAGAAAUAGAGCUGUAUGGCUGCCCUCCUGAGUUUCCAGAGGAAGAAGAGGAAGAGGAAGACAGCAGUGUUAAGCCUGGAGAUAUAAUAAUGAAGGAUAAAGCCAAAGGAAAAAAGAGUAAAGCUGCUGCCAAAACAGGAUCUUCCAAGUACCAGUGGGACAUUAUGAAAUCCCUUGGGCUUUCUGAUGAAGACAUAGUGAAGUUCUCUGAAGCGGAACAUUGGCUUGAUUAUUUCCCACCACUGGCUGUUCAGGAUCUGAAGAAAAUAGGUUUGAAGGUAUGCCAUCGCCAUCAGUGUUAACAAG